AUGUCGAACUUACAUACUCGCGAUGGCAUUUCGACUGUCCAGCCACCUUUAUCACAGGCGGUUGGCUAUGUCGUUGUCGUUGUCAUCGGUGUGAUUAUUGCUCUGGUGAUGAUGCUCAUCACGAAAGUCUUGAAGAAAACUACCGGAGAGGACAACGAAAAGACUGAAAUGUUCAUGACAGCAAACCGUACUGUCCGCACCGGCCUAACUGCAUCCGCCGUCAUAUCAUCUUGGCUUUGGUCAACCGCUUUACUCGGCUCAUCUUUUGUCGGCUAUGACUACGGCAUAGCUGGUCCGUUCUGGUUUGCAGCUGGCUGCAGUCCGAUGAUUGUCUUCUUUGCGCUUUUGGGAAUAUCCUGCAAGCGAAAGAUCCCAGAAGCGCACACUUCGCUAGAGGUUGUUCGGGUUCGAUACGGACAUGUGGCACAUGCUGUGUUCAUGGUCCUCUGUUUAGUGAACAAUAUCUUCGCGUGUGCCAAUAUGCUUCUCGGUGCCGCUGCAGUAAUCACUGCUGUUACUGGAAUGCAUAUUAUUGCAGCAACAUUCUUGUUGCCGGUCGGAGUCACCCUCUACACUUUUGUUGGUGGUAUCAAAGCAACAUUCCUCACUGAUUAUUUCCACACGGCUAUAAUCAUGAUUAUUGCCUGCUAUUUCACCGUCAAAGCCUUCUCAACUGACCAGAUUGGCUCCGUGGGUGAUCUUUUCGAGCUCGUCCAAGCAGCAGCGCAACGACACCCAGUCUCUGGCAACCAAGAUGGAACAUAUCUGACCAUGACAUCCAAGAGUGCAAUCCUUUUCGGAAUUCUUCACACCCUUGGAAACUUCGGUUUAGUUAUUAUGGACACAAGCUACUUCAUCAAGGCCUUCUCCGCCUCCCCAGCUGCAGUAGUACCUGGGUAUACAAUCGGAGGAAUCGCCUACUUCGCCAUCCCAUGGGGUCUGGGAACCGUGAUGAGCUCCGUUGCCCUUGGACUCGAGAACAGUCCAACCUUCCCCACAUUCCCAAGAAGAAUGACAACGACGGAAGUCGGAAAUGGCCUCGUCCUCCCAUACGCGGCAAUCACCAUCGCCGGUAAAGGCGGCGCAGCAGCAGUCCUUCUGGUAACCUUCAUGGCAUGCACAUCAACUCUCUCCGCGCAGGUGAUCGCCGUUAGCUCGAUUCUCAGCUUCGAUGUAUACCGCGAGUACUUCAAUAAGAAGGCUACGGAUUACGAUCUGAUCCGCGCGAGUCACUUCGGUGUGAUUUUCUUCGCUGUUUUCUCGGCUGCUUUUAGCACUAUGCUUCACUACGUGGGUAUUAAUCUAGGUUGGACACUGUAUAUGCUGGCAAAGCCGCCGCAAUUCUCUCCGGUCCUCGGCCUUGCAACAGGUAUGGCCGUCUGGCUCGGGACUGCAUCGCACUUCGGUGGUGAAGUUUCCGUCGCAUCGACGGGACAAGUCCUCCCCUGUGUCUAUGGAACGGUCGCUUCUUGCAUGUCGCCUAUUGUAUACUCGGUUCUCAUUACGCUUGUGCGACCGCAGAAUUAUGACUGGAAUGAUUUCAAGAAGGUCAAGCUGUCUCUUGAGAAAUUGGACAGUGAUUUGACGACUGCGCAUCAUGACCAGCUUUCUUCUCGUGGAGAUGAUGGCAGUGGUGAGGACGGAGGCAGGAGUGCCGAAAAUCAGAAAGAGCUGAAGCGGUGGGGUCGUAUUGCGGCGUUUUGGGCUGUGGCAACCUUUUUGGGUCAUUGGGUUAUUUGGCCGUUGCCUAUGUAUGGAUCUGGUUAUGUCUUUGGGAAGAAGUUCUAUAUUGCCUGGGUUGUCGUCGCUAUCAUCUGGCUCUGGCUCAGUAUGCUAGUUGCUAUCUUCUAUCCGAUCUUUGACGGUGGUAUUCAGCAGAUUCGUGAUGUUUAUCGGGGGCUGAGAGGUCAAAACGUUGUCGAAGGUGCUCGGAGUAAAGAUGGCAAAGGAGAAAGAGAAAGUAACCCUCCGUCUGUUGGGUCUAUCAGUGAUGUUACUCAAACAGGGGAUUCUCAAGAGAAAAAGUCUUGA